AAUCCUUCAUAGAGCCUAUAUUAUAUCCCCAUCGUCAAAUCUCGAAUCUCCUUAUUUCGAGGGCGUUAGGGUUUGGUUUGCCUGUUCAAGUUCAACCACUGAUCGAGCAAUGGCGCUGAGACAAUUCUACAACGAGAUUAAGGGGAUGAAGGUGAAGGAGGUGCCCGAACAUAUUAAGCCCAUGUUUUCGAUCGGAUAUGUUAAGCAGGCGAUACAGAGGGGCUUGGACAAUUACCACGCUAAAUACAUCCAGACCAGCUCAGUCGAUCCUCUCUUUCAUGUCUGCAUUGGUGGCAUGAUCUUCUCCUACCUUCUCGCUCUCCCAGAGGAGCGUCGGCACCUCGAGCACAAGCAGCACGCCGCGGAGCACGGUGGCAAGCACUGAUUCCUACUCGGAUCUAUGGUGAGCAUCUCUUCCUUUCAGUUGAUGACGAAUGGGUUUUUUUUUUUUUUUUUUUAAAUGUUCUUUUUGGCAUUUCUGGGACAUGUAGGCAGAAAUCAGACUAUCGUUGCCAUUGUGUUCUGGCACUUAAUUGAUAAAAUAAGACGCACUUGACCGUGAUGAACAGUAUCAGGCUGUUAUUAUUACUUGUGUUAUUUGCUGUUGAAUGAAUUGAAAACAGGUUUGUUUUGGUUGCU